AUGAUGUUGGUAGCGGUGCUGCUGCUUAUGGGAUUGGGCCAAGACCCCGAACUAAAAGGGUGCCGUGGCAACGUAAUGCCAUCGCUAUCCCGCCGAUUAUCCAAUGGGAAGGAUACCCAUGCGACUUCGCUGCUUAUAUCACUCGAUGUACCGAGUCCUGCUGAUCAGCUACCAGAGAACAACCACCGUGGUAGUUCUGGGAAGGGGAAGGUUCAUUCCAGUCGAAUAUCAAAAGAAGAAACUGAUGCAGGUUUCCAUGGAAGCGACAAAAACAGAGGCAUAAGACCAAGACUGCGAACCCACAACCAUGAGGCGGUAGCAGGGUCGCGGGAAGAAGUUCCGGCAAUCAUCAGCAACAACCAGUUUCUUAGGGACGUGGAGAAUGGUCGAGGGAAACGGCAACAACGUGAUGGUGGGGAUACCUUGGAAGCAGCAAGCUGGCAGUCUGAACUCCCUUGGACACCGUCAUUUGCGAAACAAGAGGAAUCCAAGCAGAAGUUUCCAUUCCAAUACACAACUGAUCACAUCACCAGAAACGCAACAACAAUUACGAACAAUCAGCAAGGUUUGGCAAAGCAAUCUGAGAAUACUACAACUCAACACGAGAAAGGCUUUCGCAAAGGGACACGUAGUGAUCCAGUUCUACAACGAAGACUCCCUGGUGAUCAAGGAGCAAACCCACAGUCGCGACCAUCGUGGACUCCAAUGGUGCGACCAGCGCCUUCCAGACCACCGGCUGCUUCCCCUUUUGCUAGACCCAACAGUAACAGUGGGAGGACAGCGCCUGCAGUUCAACAGCCGGACGUGAAGACUUUCACACCCGUGAUGAUUGGGUCACCGAUGCCGGUUGAGAGCAUCACAGCCACAGCAGCGACAACACAAUCAACCAACGAAGCGACGUCCAGCUUGGAUUGUCUGUCGGACGAAGAUGGACAUUUUGGCGACGUGAAUAGUGGGGAUCAAACCGGUGUUUUCUUCUUUUAUCAAGUGGAAGCAUCGCCGGGAACCACAGAAACGCAAAUGAAUGGAGUUAUUCUGGACGAUCUCGAAAUCACAUUGCUCGAUUUCCUCAUUCCAGUAUGUUUUACUAGUUGCAGGACGUCACCAUCGACAACAGCCAGGCAGGGGAGCAAUGCGGGGGAAUUUGUGGGGCUCAGCGCCAAACCAGCCGAUUUCGUGCUCAGGGGAUUCGACUGUACGGAUAAAACCACCGAACCGUGCUUUGUAAUCAGCGGGACCAUGACAGCCUACACUGAGGGGAUGGACAGUGAGGUAGUUCAGGGUAUCAUGAGAAGGGCGAUAUGGCACGUUAUGAAUAGUGGAGCCAUUGCAGCAACAAUAUCCCGAGUGAACGGAGUCGCUCUUCUGAGUGAAUCGUUGAACCUAGCUACAUUGCCAGCAAUCACAGCCUCACCACAACUUACUAGGCGGCCCACACCGCUUCCAACAACGGAGACUCCAACACUCACUCCCACACUCACUCCCACAACAACUACACCGACGCUUACCCCGACACUUAGCCCGACAGCUGCAGAACCAUCGCCGGUGCCUUCCGAAUUGCCGACAACAGACCAGCCUAGCCGGGCAUCGACUAUGCCCACAUUGGCAAUGACAAACGAACCAUCAGCUUUGCCUUCUUCGAUUGGCGAGGCCGGCUUUACCGGCGAUCCACUUCCGGUAGCAACCAGUGUUCCUACCGGUACGUCAAUCGACCCGAACGCCAACACGUCGUCCGCGGCGAAUCUCAAUCAGACAAGCACUACAAUUGCACCAUCGACGACUCCACAAUCUGCAAACAGCACUUCGUUGAAUACCACAUCCCCUUCAAACACGGUUGCUUCGAAUGCCACCGUUGCUUCGAAUGUCACUGUUGCACCUCAGGCCACUGUUGCGCCUCAGGCAGCACCAGCCAGUGUACCAUUGAUGACCUUGCCCCCGGAAACGGAUGACGAGGAAGAGCACAAAACCGCGUUUCAAAACGUACCGGUCUGGGUCUGGGUUCUUUCAGCAUUCGCCAUUUGCAUCUGUGUCUCCUAUUCAGACACGGACAAAGAAGACGACAACGUUGUGAAUGAAAACUUGCAAAAUAUAACCCAACCAGAGCAGCAGAUGAUCCUCGAUGCAGCUGCCGAGCAAGACAGCUACAGAGAUCAUGCCCAUGACAGUGAGGCGUUCAGUUUAGAAUACCAAAGGAAACUGUAUCGCCAAUGA